CUGCCCGCCUGCCUGCAGUCUGUAUAGAGGGAACAGUUUUCCCAUACGUCAAGGACUAACAGAACGGUUAUCUACCGCUACUGAUGCUUUGUAUCGCGUGUGGACCUAUUGUCGACAAACUCCGACAAGAUGUACCACUCUGACCAUGGCGUAGACUUCCCUGACCUCUCCUUCCAAGUCCCUGGCAGUCCUGCAGAGCUCGACCCAGCAAACACAGUGUGAACAUAGUGCACUCCACUUCUACCAUUCCCUUCACCCAUACAGAGCCUCCCCCUGCUCCCAGUCCCUUGCUCCUUCCCUCCCUCCUGGACCAUGGACAGCCCUCCGAAGUUGUCAGGAGAGACCCUGAUCGUGCAUCACAUUCCUCUUGUGCACUGCCAGGUGACGAGUGGACGUCAGGGUGGCUGCGGGGCCUCUCUUAAGAGGAGCAACCCUUUUAGUCCUCCGGAGAACCUGGGUUUGAGCCGCACUACUUCCCUCCCCGAGAGAGACGUCCUUCAGAGAGAGGCUUUACUCUACAGUAGUCUGAUCCAGACUUCCAGCAGCCCCUGGUCCUCCCUCAGUGGAGAGAGAGAAAAGAAAGGUGGAGGGAGGGGAGGGAGCACUGCGAGUGAUGACUCAUCGUUUACCUCGAGCAACUCAGAGGAUCAGCUGAUAACUGCACACACAUUACCUCGAGCCAAACCGAGGAACAGGAAUCCUUUACGCCACAAUCCAUUCCUGCUGAAUACUGAAGAUGACGAGGAUGAAGAUGAGGAUGAUGAUGGGGACAACCUCAGUGGCUACCUUGAAGAUUCUUCUUUUCACCUCCACAGCGACACCAACUCUGGCCUUGAUGACAGGAUGGCUCCUUUCCACCUGCACAACCUAGGCUUUUCCUCUGAACCCUUUCGUCUGCACAGCUCAGUGGGUGGAAGCAGUCGGGACUCCCUAAGAGGUGUAGUUUCAGAUCUCUCAAACCACUUAGAUGACCUGGACAUCCUCGGCUUGGACAGCCAGUGUCGCCAUGGCAGCAGCUGCUCCAACAUGUCAAUGGAUUGUGGAGAACAGGACUGGGGCGAUGAUGAUGAUGAAGAAGAUGAAGAUCACCCAAUGAGAUGUGGGCGAAGUAGUAAGACAGGAUCCUACUCAUCCAGCUCCUCCACACAGCACUGCUCCUGUUGCGUGCUCUCUCAGAACUACCCCCAGCACUUCCCAGAAGGCUUCUCUGAGCCGUUCUCAGAGUGCCAGCAGGGAUACGGCAGUGACUCGUCCUGCAAUAGCUCAGAUGGUGUGCUGGUAAAUUUCAGCGCAAUCUACAACAAGAUGAACAAUGACAUCCCAGAGAAACCUCCUGUAUCUGGGCAGACCAACCUCAACAGCUCCACUGACCGCUCCUGCACCUCGUCUGUUUCCGAUCCUCAUGGAAACCAACAUGACUCAACCAGAGGGGCUUUCUACUUGGACCUCCACACUUCCCCAACUGAACCUCCGAUAUUACAGCAACAGCCCUCCUGCACUGACAGCAACUUCCCUCAACUCAGAGAACCCCACCUAUCCACCUCCUCCACCUGCUCCUGUGCCGUGGAGCACCAAGGGGCUCUCGACCUUGAUGCCAACUGCAACUCUUUCCACCCUCCGCACUCUGGUUCAUCUGGAGACCUGGCGUCCUGUCUGCAGAGUCAGGCACGCCUCGUUGUCGCCACCCAGAACUAUUACAAAUUGGUGACCUGUGACCUGUCGUCACAGUCCUCCCCAAGUCCUGCAGGCUCCUCGGUCAACAGCUGCUCCGAUGAGAACAGCAAAGGAAGCCCGACCCCCACACAGCCAAGUGAAUACUUCCUGUUCAGGCAGCAGGCUGAUGAGGUGGGGAUGGAGGAGGAAGAGGAAAAUAAAGAAUCACCUAAGCGUGAUGAUGAUGAUGUUGAUGGAGAGGAGGACGAGGAGGAAGAAAAGAAGAGGAAGAAUCAGCAGGCAGCUGGUGGAGCUGAAGCUGCUCCAGCUAUGAUUGAAGGCCAGGUGUACGUUAAUGUCUCCCCACCCAUGGUCACCAGGGGUGUUAUUGGAGGCGGGACCUCAUCAGGAGGCCGCCCUCGUUCUCGUAGCUACGACCGCAACCUGGACAAGUCUCCAUCACCUCGACUUGGCUCUCUGGAGCGGAUGUUGAGCUGCCCUGUCAGGCUCAGCGAGAACGCCGCCCAGACUCCACCUCCUCCACCACGAGUCACUUCCUUUGCAGAGAUUGCAAGGAGCAAGCGGAGAAACGGAGGCACUGGGGGGUCGCCUUCAAUGAAAACAGUUGCAGACCCCUUCUCUUCCACGUAUUCCACCCACUCUCACUCCUCUGUGGAUUUCUCUCCAAUCCUUGAGCAGCAUGUGGAGGCUGACAGUCAUGACCUGUCACCUGUACCCUUCACUAGGUGUUACAGUCAUGGAAGCAUUGAGCGACAGCUGGAGGGAGCAAGGGAGAGCAGAGCUAAGGCUGAAGGUGGUCUCUCUAGUUCCUCCGAUAGCCGGCCAGCAGUGGUCCGCUACAGAAAAGACCAGCGGCCCACUACUCUCCCAAUCCAGCCCUUCACCUUCCACCACCAGUUUGCCCCUAAGCCCCCUCAGCCCAAGCCCCUUCUGCCCAUCCUGACGGGCUACGUCUCAGGGAUGCAGGCUCACUCCAGCUCUGGCUCAGGCUCUGACUCCGGGGUUCCACUGGUGGAGGGCGGCGAGGAUGCAGCUGAUAAUGUCCACAGGUACCAGGGGACUCUGGCUACAGCAGGCCCUCCACCUGGCUCAGUUAGACCUUCGCCUCUCGGGAGCUACUCCCCGGUUCGUCUCCAAGGGACAACCAGCUCUGGUACCUGCUCCACCUGCACCCCAAGCCCCCAGCCACCGCACAGCCUCUCCUGCCCGCUUUCAGCAGGACUUGGACCAUUGCACACCCCAUCUAAAGGGAAACAGGGAGGGGGUUCGGCGCCUUUACUGUCUACUCCGCCACCUCCAUCUCUGGGGAUGAAGAGAGGGGUGGUGCCUCCGAUGCUUCCGGCUGUGCAGGGACACUGUUUCCAUCGUGGAGCUCUGCCCAGUAUACCUGCUCUCCAUGGCGACACUCUGAGUCCAUUGGGUUGUCUGGACUCCGGAAAUCAUAUGGAGGGAGGCAAAGGACCUGGAGCAAGGACACACAAUGCAAACCACCUCUCUCCCCAGGCGCUCAAAUGGAGAGAGUACAGACGUCGAAACCCUCUGGGAGUGGAGAGGGUCUCAGGGGUCCACUCUUCUGCAGGACCAGGAUCCCUCCCUGGGAGCCUGGAACCUCGGAGGGGUGGGGGACCAAGACCUGCCCGACGGAAUGUGUUCGACUUCCCCUCUGCCCUCUCCAGCAACACACUGGCACGGCUAAAUGGAGUCAGCCAAUCAGCGAAGUUACAGCAAAGCUACAGCGACUUCCUACCGGACUAUUUCUCCCUGACUGAGAAACCUCCAGAGGAGUUCUGCCUCUCUCCUGAUGCUUCAACCUCCUCCUCCUCCUGUUCUUCAUCACAGUCACACAUCUCUGUGGACCUGACACAGAAGAGAGGUUUGGUGAAAGCUGUGAACACAGCCGUGGAUCUAAUCGUGGCACACUUUGGCACCAGUCGAGACCCAGAUGUGAAGGCUAAACUUGGGAACAGCUGGGUGAGUCCAAACGUGGGUCACCUCAUCCUGAAGUACCUGUGCCCAGCUCUGCAUGAGGUUCUGCAGGACGGUCUGAAAGCCUACAUGCUGGACCUGAUCAUUGGACAGCGGCGCUGUCAGCCCUGGAGUCUGGUGGAGGCCUCCACUCAGCUUGGCCCGUCCACACGUGUCCUCCACAGCCUGUUCUCUAAGGUGAGCCAGUUCUCCGAGCUCACGAGCCACAGCAUGAGACUCAAUGCCUUCAUCUUCGGACUGCUCAAUCUAAAAUCUUUGGAGUUCUGGUUUAAUCACCUCUACACACAUGAAGAUAUCAUAGCAGCACACUACAACCCAUGGGGUUUCCUCCCCCUUUCUCAAGGGGCAUGCCAGCCUCUCUUUGAGGAGCUCCUCCUCCUGCUGCAGCCCCUGUCCCUCCUCCCCUUUGACCUGGACCUUCUAUUUGAGCCUCACCUCCUCCAGAAAGGCCAGGAACAACUCCGCCGCAAGGAGCAGCUGUGCUCCGCUGGCCAGAGCGUUGACCAAUCAGCACGCUCCACCUUCCAGCUCAUGAGAGGAUGGAGUGCCACGGUUAGCGAGAUGGUUAGAGAGUCAAGUGCAGAGGGGAAGAAAGAGAGGGGGCUGCUGAGACGAGAGGGGACGUGGCCGAGGAUGGAAGGAGCUGGGUCAAGGAGAGGUGGGGGGGGAGUGAAUUCAAGGCUGAAGAAGGAGGGCAGGACAUCCGAGAGCUUGACAGAUGGAUAUGGGACCAGACAGACAGCAAUGGAUGUAGGAUUCCUCUGUAAGGAGAGGGGGGUGGGAGGACUGAGAGUGAAAGGUGUAGGACAAGAGAGCCAAGAAGGACGUGAGGAUGGACAGGAGAGUGAGAAGAGGAAGAAUAAAGAGAAGGAGACGGUGGAGGAGGGGCGUCAGCGGCACGACAGACAGGCAGGUUGGUGGUACCAGCUCAUGCAGUCCUCCCAGGUAUACAUCGACCAAUCAGCAGAGGGCUCAAAAUUUGUCAAGACUGAGAAGAGGAAGAAGUCAUCAGAGAGACGACAAGGCCAGAUCCCACCCACCAGGGAGGGAGUGGUUGAAGGAGCAGAGUCGAGCCAAGAAGGAGAGGGGUUCAGGAGCAGGAAGAGCAGCAGCAGCUCCAGUGGGGACUCAGCUGGACCAAGGGAGAGGCCGUCAUGGAUGGGAAGUCCUCCAGAGUCUGUACUCAACCAUGAGAAAGAGACUAAACCUCAGAGGGGACUCACAGGGAGCACUGCUCCCACUGCUGCCUCAGAGGAGAGCCCCUCACAGGGGCAGGGUCUGCGCUGGGGGAGGCUCUUUGGAUCUAGUGUUGGUUCUCCUUCUAGGGGAGAGGGAGCCGAUCAGAAGGCAAAAACUCAAACAAACAGACCACCUUCAGGCUGGCUCUCCCUGGACAGAUCUGUUUUGGACUUUGUUGCUCAGACAAUUGGAGCAGGAAGUGGAAAAAAGGCUGAACCACCAGCCCCGCCCACACAAACCCAAACAUCAUCUCCACCACGGUCAGCCCAGCGGACCGAAGCUCCACACAAGUCUCCAUGUGAAGUACGAGCUUUGUGCCAUCACAUAGCGACAGAGCCUGGCCAGCUUAGCUUUAAUAAAGGCGACAUCCUGCAGGUCCUGAGCAAGGCGGAUCCAGACUGGCUGCUGUGCUCUCUGGGCUCUACACAGGGUCUGGUUCCCAUCAUCUACGUGACCCUCAGCAGUCUGGAGGAGAGCCAGGAGGCUGCUGGACUCGAGCAGUGCUGAGCAACAGCUGAUGAAGGAUAAUGAAAGAGAAGACUGCACAUUACAGAUGAUUCCUGAAAGAAAGAAAGAAAAACAUUUUAAAUAUGAUGUACAGACAAAUGCAAGAAAGGCAUGCAGGCUCCAAAACAAACUCACAGUCACAAAAAGGAGACAUCCAGACAUGCGUGCAUGCAUACAUCCAAAAAAACCAAAAGACCAGACAGGAAACAAACCCAAAGACACUCCCAACACACCUGAACCUGUGUGCUGUUAGCUUAAUUCUGUGACUGUUUGGCUAUAUAUCAUCAGUCUCUGCAUUCUGCUGAAUGGAGAGGGGCUACUCAUUAUGGGAAAACUUCAGAAUAGGAUAUAUAGGCCUACCAUGCCUAGCUGCACUUUGCUUUACCAUCUAAACAUUCACGUUGCUGUGCCACCCUCUGAUCACAGUGCUGUUAUCAUGCUCACAUUAAAACCUGGGGUCAGUGUGACUAUCAGUGGAUCUCUGCUCUUUUGAAUAAGACUCAACGUUGGUGAUGUUGAAGCAAAGACAAACAACUUUUAUAUCCAUGCCUCCUCCAGUUUCAAAAGUGUAAUUCAGCAUAUUUUUGCUAUUAUUUGAAGUAGAAAACACAUAGGAUCUGGCUCAGAAGACUGUUUAAACCAAGUUUGAAGUGAUGACUUAACAUCUUCCCAUUCCCCUCUGUUCAGAUCACAUCUAUUAAUGCUUGCUCAUUAAACAAAGGGAUAAAUGGACUGACAAUGCACACUUUUUCCUCAUAUCUCACUUAAGACCCAAAACACCUGAAUGGAUUCAUUAUAUUCACAUGGCAUCCUUUUUCCUCAGUUUGAAUGGAAAGCUAAUAUGCUAAUGUUUUGAUCUGUUUCACAGUCAGAAGUAGGAAAUCUCCCAGAAUAUUAUCAUUUCAUUGCAACUCAACAGACUGCUUGUAAAUAGCGAGAUUCUGAAAGGAAGACGAGGAAACAAGUCAACACAGCUUAUUUUAUAACUCAUUUUAUAACUCCAGUUAGAAAAGAGCUAAAAUUAGCAUUUGGUGAAUAACUGGCUAACAUGACUGUAAGCUAGACUUUGUGUCCAUAAUUCUGUUGAACAGCGACAUUGGCUAGAAAUUUGCUGACAGUUGCUUUUAUUUAAUGGUAUUAAAUAAGUUAACAAUAUUGUUAUCAAAUAAAGUCGCUGUCUACAUCUUAUUAUCUUCUGUUUGGUUAAACAUAGCAUUCAAUAAAAUUUCUGCUAACAUGACAAUUGGCCAGAAACUAAUACCAAGAGGUAGUAAAAUUUAGUAAGCUUUUACCUGUUUGAAACGUAAAAUAUUAAUAAUUUCAUUCCAACUUGCCUGCGAAACUCCUCCCCACAUAACAUGUUUGUCUGGAAUGUCCCCUUAGUACAUUGAAAAAAUUGAUCUUUUGUGGUAAAUUUCAGAAAAAACGUAUGGCAUCGUGCUAGCUGACCAAGCUGCUAACUAGCUAACAGACUACAAUGAGCAAUAUUUAUUAACUUGAAAUAAAUAGUCAUAUUACCCACUUUGAUAUGAAAUAUAUGUAUCAUUUACAUGAAGUGCUGUAAGACCAUUUUGGUUAUGUCAGAUGAAUAUUAAAGUUUAAGUGAAAAAUUAGGAAGGGACGAUUAGAUAAACAGCAAGUUAUUUAACAUAUUAAUGAACAAUUGACUGGCUAAACAAGUUAGCUUAGCUUGUUUGACUGUUCAUAUGUCCUUAUGUGAACUAUAUGCUGCUUUCCUGGUUGGCCAACUUGCAAUAUUAUUCCUGGUCUAUCCCAGUUCCAAUUUACUUAUUGGCAAAAACCCAGACAAUAUUAUCCUCUCCCCAAUGGCUACAGGUAGUUUAUCAACUUUUAUCCAUCUAAAAAGGUGCCGUUAAUUGCGAUGGUUAAUAAGAGGCAUUGUCCAUACAUUUAAGGAGAUACAGAGAUCAGUCACACACAUAUGUGGAUCCAGUAGUUAUGCAUUAGCAUAAAAACCCCUUGCUAACAGUUAACUACUUGUACAUACGGCUUGAAGUAUUGCUAAAAUUAGCUAUUUUCUAACUAAAGUUAUCAAAUGUGUUUUUUCCCUUCCAUUUAAAUUGUAUGUCCUCUCAGUUUGGGCAAUAAAACAGCCAUUUAGCUCAGAAUCAAUGCUGAAAUUCGUCAGUUUCAUAUAAAAAUGUUCUGUGUUUUCAUGCAGAAAAGCAGUUAAGACAGCACUUUACAUUAGCAUUCAACAAGCUCCUUGCUAACAUGAGGGAUACUAUCAAACGGUAAUUUUGGCUGUGAUUCAAUGCUAAAAUUAGCUUUUUACUAACUGAAGCUAUCCAAUUUGAUCUUUAACAUUAAAAUAUUGGUUUUCGGUUUAGAUAGAAGAAAAUGUUAGCAUCCAACAAACUCCUUGCUAGCAUGACAUGAUAUCAUUACAGUUUAACAGUAAUUUAUAGACUUGGUUCAGCUUAGCUAAAAUUAGCUAAAUGACAUCACAUUUCUUUUCAUGAAUAAUUAAUAUGACUUUAUAGUUGAGACAAGAACUAAUAUUAGCAUUCAGUCAAUGCUAAGCUAAUAACAGGUGGGAGAAACUUGUUGAAUGCUAACAUUAGUUUGUGUAUUACUUAAUGAAUAUACUUUAAAUGUGGCAAAGUAUUCCUUUAAACGUUUAGUCUGUUCUUUUUUUAAGUUCAUGACUGAUGAAGAAAAACUAUAUGUCAACUUAUUUUUUUUAGGAUAACAACCUGCAACACAGCAAAACAGCAUUAUGACCAUAUUGCUGCCCAGCCUGUGUGAUGUCAGAGGAUAACAGCCACCAUGUGAUUGUUGUGGAUCAUUUAAGUGCAUGUAAAGUUGACAAAAGUGUUCAUUUUACCCUCACACCCUGUCACCAUGUCAUUGUAAGGGCAUUUUACACUGAGAGAGGAUGACACACCUACCUGAGUGGAUGAACUCGUGCUUUUUAUCUAUUGUUACAUAAUGUAAAUGCAUAUAUGACUUAAACAUGUGCUGAGUUUUUUUUAAUUUAUUGACUAGUCCAUGUGCAGAAUAAAGUAAACGGAUGUCCAAUGAAAGCCAAACGUAGCUGUGGAGACACACACAGGCGCUCUUUGUGAAUGUGUUGGAAACUCAGAGCUUACAAAAAUGAUUGCCAAUUAAUUAUUAUGUUGCAUUAAGAAAAUUUGAUGUUGUCUUUGCCUUUAAGUGCUUUUAGGUAAAAAGGGAGAAUUGAAGACCGUGAUAGACUAUUUGUCCCGAUGUAAUAUAUGUAUUUACAAUGAUAAGUCUUUUUCCUGAAAACCUCCAGAAAUGUAUGUCUACAGAGCUUCUUUAAAGAAAGAGAAGAAAUAGAAAUGAUUAUAGGGGAGAUAUUUUUGAUGAUAAAAGGGAAACCCUCAAACAAUUUGUGUUAGCAGCUCUUGUGUUAGCGUGGACAUGCUAAUGUGACCUUAGCUACAACAUGAGUUGACGAGAGACCGUAAUCAUGGCUUUAUAGAGUUAUCCUGGAUAGAUGACGAGUGUAAUCAGAUGCCCUUUCUUAAAUAUGAAAUGUUAUAAAAGAUCAAAUGUAUGUAUAUUAUUUACAAAAAGAAUGAAUGCUUGUGUAGUUUUGAAAAAUUUACAUAAUUUUUUUGUACAGUUUGUACAGUCAUUUAAUUUCUGCAAAAACAAUUUAAUACUUCAUUUUCAUUGAACUGUAAAUAUAUUUAAAUCCUUCAAUGAUUAAUUUCUGCCAUAGAGGUUUAUGUAUGAAUGUUAUUUCUGACUUGAUGCAUUAUAUGUUCAAUACAGGAAGCAGAUAUAAGCUGUAGUUUCCACACUAAUGAAAACAUGGUCGUAGCAGUGGAGGGUGUGAUGACAUUUGGGUAUUAUAUUCCGGCCUCCACACAGUUUGCUCUUCAUUGACAUCCUGAUCAGAGUUCACACAGGGAAAUCAGAAAUCAACACAAAGUAAAAGCAGGGACAUGGAGGCUCAGGGCUCUGAGGCAAAGGCAGAUUCACUUUUGAUUUUCAGCAUUUGAUCAGCUGAAAUGUUGUGCUUUAAAAUGCUACACUUGUAUAAGUGAUCAAAAAAAGGCAAAGAAAGAAAAACACCAUCUUUCUUUUUCUCCGCCUGUUUUCAGUCUGCUCUCUCUCUCUCUCCUCCAGCUGCCUCCUCCUGCCUGUAAAUACCUUCAGCAUCAGUGAUACUGCUCUUCUCUCUGCGUCCAGGCUAUAUGACGUAAACGUAUGGCAUUAUCAAACUGCUAUGGAUGUUCAAUAACAAAGUGCUCAUGUGAUCACAAA